CCGGAUCGCGAACGAUCGCGGGGUUGGUGUAUUCAUGGAUCGGCGCAAUGGCGGCACUAGUUUGGCGCCCCCAAGGCCCCCGAAAUCUUUGCCCCGCGUGCAUCGCCCACGGGCCCCGGAUCCAAACUCCUCACCUCCAGCGUCGUCGGCCCUCCUGUCGGCCAGCUUGCCAACCGGUCCGAACCACCCGUCGGCGAUGAUUGGCAUGAUGGUGGUCGGCAGCAACGGGGCAACGGGCAAUAAUGGGGGUUGCCAUCCUGCCGCGGCGUCAACAGCAUCAACGACACCAGCGCCGCCGCAGCUGUCACCAAAGCCGAGACAUCUGAUCGGCGGAAGCAGCAGCGUCCUAGGUAGUAGUAAUUUAAGCGGAAGCGGAAACGACAACAGCAGCAACCUAGCGAGUAAUAUCAGCAGCAACAGCAACAAUAACAUUAGUAAUAAUAACAUUAACAAUAACAAUAAUAUUAAUAAUAAUAAUAAUAAUACUAUUUUUAUGAAUCAUACUCCUCAUAAUCAGGCGAGUGCGGCCGGUGCGAGCGGCGGAAAUAAUUUCAACAGUGCUAGCCUAAUAAGUAGCAGAAGUAAUAGUAGCACUAGUAGCACUAGUAAUAGCACCAGCAGCGGUAGCCCUAGCAGUAGGAGUAAUAGUAAUCUAAACAAUAAUAGCAGUAGCAACAGCAGCAGUAGAAGCGUUAAUAGUCAACAUCAUCAGCAUCAUCAACCCCACCACCACCACCACCAUCAAGCAGCUUCUUCUCCUUCUCCUCCUGCUCCUGUUCCGCAUCAUCAUCAGCAUAAUCAUCCGCACCAGCAGAGCAAUCGAAGCAUCGGCAGCAACUCGUCCACGUUGUCGUCGGUAUCGUCCAGCUCGUCUACGGUGGCGCUGCUGAGGCCGCAGAUUGCACCGCUCGUGCCACUGCACUCCCGAUCGGCGACACCACCCCCACCACCUUUACCGCCCCACCACCACCACCACCACCAGCGGCCGACGUCACCGGUCGGCAGUACUUUCGCCCGCCGUCGGCUCAGUCCCGCCACGACGAGUCCGAAUCAUCCGCAUCUCACAAGUAUUCCGCUCGGCGCAUCCGCAACCGCCGACCAAACGAUCGCUUCCACCACCGGUACGCUGCCGCCGGUACUGCUGCUGCCCGUCGAUCAACCGAUCGUGGGUGGCAGUGUAACGGCACCCAACUCACCCUCCAACCCAACGACACCUGUCACGCUGGCCGCGCCCCGACCGGAAAACGAACGACUCGCGAACGAGUACGUCGAUACACCGUUCGGACGUGGCAAUGGGCCCGCCAUCGGUGGUGCUGGUGGUGCCAACAUUCCAUCGACGGGACCUUUGGCCGGGUUACUGCAGCAGGGAACGCAGCAGCAACAGCAGCAGCACCGCAACUUAGCCCUGCUGACGGGUGAGGCCGUAGUUUCGGUACCUGUAAUUACGGGCCAGCCGCGACCAUCGCUCGACCGAUCGCGGUCUCCCAUUGGCGGUGUCGGCAACAGUGACGUUAUUCGCGUAGUUAAAAGCACCGAAGGACGUCACGGACUCACGACCACGACAACGACGAUCACACCCACAAACGGUCAAACGAACAUCGGUGGCAUUGCGCGUGGGUCAAGCAUCAUCACCAAACAGCCGACGAAGAAGAAGGACGGUUCCGAUCGGCACGAGUUGCUCGAGCUGGAACUGCAAGGACACCAUCACCAUCACCAUCACCACCGGCACCAUGGACGAUCGGCGGUGGCCACAGUAGGUGGUGCAAGUCCCGGAGCACUCGGGUCGGCCGGUGUGGCCGGUUCCGACGGGCUGAUGGGCAUCGGGUCCAUCACGUGUCCCCGGUGCAGACGGUGCCGGUGUGAGGAAUGCCAAAAGCCACGACCACUCCCAUCGCACUGGCUUUGUGACAAGAGCUGUUUGUGCAGUGCGGAGACAAUCAUCGACUACGCGUCCUGUCUGUGCUGCGUGAAGGCACUCUACUAUCACUGCUCGAAGGAGCACGAGUUUGAGCGGGAGGUGAUGGGCCCGGACGGGACCAUCGAAACGGAAACGGUGUCCUGUGCGGACGAUCCCUGUUCCUGCGUGCCGCACAAGCGCACGACCCGCUGGGGUUGUCUGGGCGCACUGUCGGUCGUGUUGCCUUGCCUCUGGUGCUACUGGCCGAUGCGUGGCUGUGUGGCCAUCUGUGCCCGCUGCUACGCCAAACAUUCCCGUCACGGUUGCCGCUGCACGCAGCAUCCGGCAGCUCCGUCGGCCAGCUUCCCGCCGGGAAGCGCACUGAGCGGAGCCGGUGGCAUUCUCAACGUUGGUUCCAUGUUCGGUACCGACCUGCUGGGUGGCAACAACGGAGCACUGCCAAAUAGUGGUGGGCAUGAGAUGCGGGCGAAAGGAGACCCGGCCGAUAGCGAUUCACCGCUACAGCAUCUUCACCAUCAUCUGCGGCAUCAUCUGCAGCAGCAGCAGCAGCAGCACCAUCGGUCGGGUGCGUCCAACAACGUCACAGACCUUACCACGCCCGAGAAGCGGCUGCUCGAUUCCAGCACCGAUGGUUACUGACGGUGGUGGCACUGUUGGUCGGACGCCGGCCACGACACGGAGGACGAC